AUGGCCCCAGAAGCUGGAAAUGACCAGGAAGUGGAUUCUCUCCAGAGCCUCCAGAAGGAUCAAGGCCCUGCUGACUUGACUCGGGCCUGUGCUGGGAUUACAGGCGUGAGCCACUGCGCCUGGCCCCUGGCUGAUGCCCUCAAGAGCAUCAACAAUGCCAAAAAGAGAGGCAAACGCCAGGUGCUUAUUAGGCCAUGCUCCAAAGUCAUCGUCCGAUUUCUCACUGUGAUGAUAAAGCAUGAUUACACUGGCGAAUUUGAAAUCAUUGAUGGUCACAGAGCUGGGAAAAUUGUUGUGACUGUCACAGGCAGGCUAAACAAGUGUGGAGUGAUCAGCCCCAGAUUUGAUGUGCAACUCAAAGAUCUAGAAAAAUGGCAGAAUAAUCUGCUUCCAUCCCGCCAGUUUGGUUUCAUUGUUCUGACAACCUCAGCUGGCAUCAUGGACCAUGAAGAAGCAAGACAAAACCACACAGGAGGGAAAAUCCUGCGAUUCUUUUUCUAGGGAUGUAAUACACAUAUUUACAAAUAAAAUGCC